CAAGAUCACUUACACACUAACAGGGGCGAAGAGCAGGCGGACUUCUUCUUCCUUGCUGUUAUAUCUCCUUCCUGAAAUGAAUGGGACCCACACGACUCCCAGAAGGUGAAGUCAAGGGCUGUCAGCUUCAUUUGAUUAGGAGAACAGCAGACUGGCAGCCAGGAGACUUAAAACACAACCAACAAGUUGUGUUGGGGAUUAUAGAAACCUUCAAGCCUUAACAGCCCUGAACACCAAGCUGAGGGUGAGACUCUCACCUGCAAGGGUGGACUAGAAGCUGGAUGGGGACCUGGCUCAGAACAUCUGGAGAGUGAAAGUUAAGUACCAGUGUGGGCUUCUGUGCCCCCACAUUCUUUGUGCAUUUUCAUCAAUAACCACUGAAUUUUGUAUCUCUAUGGAAAAGUUUUCCUAGCCAUUUGUUUGAAGGUGAACAUAUUUUGGAGUAAGGGCUACAAAAAGAGAAGGAACAUCUAGGCAAGGAAGAAGAGAAAGAAACAGAAAGGAGAGAAUGAGAUUGUUUUGAAUGACUUCAGGUAGCCAGGGGUAUGUGUUUGUGAGUGCAUAUCUGAGAGAAUUGGGCUUGCGUCAUGUUCUUCUAGUAUCAGAGAGGGGAGGAGUUAUUGAGGAAGGAAGAAAAAGAAAAAGAAGAAACCGGAGCUUCUGGGAAGGCAUUCAAAGGAAACAAGAGCAAUUAACUUCAUUCUGCAAGGACUAAAUUAGAAGUGGAAGAGAAGUCAGAGGAGCAGAGUGAGGGACUCACACACAGCGGGAGCAGCCCAGCAGGCACGCGGGCACAGUUUCCAUCCCAGGUAGCCAGAAGAGAUGCUCUUUUGGGGCUACUUGAAAAAGUUUACUUUGUGAACAAAACGGUUUCCCCCGGUGACUGUGAGGCCAUUGUUUGCCGUCUGUCUCUCCUGUCUCCAUCACUCUGGUGUGGUACCCAGACAUUGACUUCUGGCUCUGCAGGGAGAGCUUUGGGAGGCGUGAUGUGUUUAAAACUCCUACAGCUGAGCUUGGUGAUCCUGACUGGAUGGGUGCUCCACACGACCAACUCUGAGCGAGGAUGGACUGGCAAGAGAUCUGUGGUUCAGAGGGGACCCCUGAAACAGGUGCUGUUGGAAGGAGACCGCUGUUGGUUGGGGGCAAAGGUUCAAAGGCCCAGAGCUGCUCCCCAGCAUCACCCCUUAGGGGUCUACCCCAGGAGCCCUGGGAAUUACCUGAGACCCUCCCCUGUGAGGGUGCAGGGAGCUCAUCACUCAGGACAGGGCACACCAAAUGCUGAGGGAAAGGCUGCCAGCCGUGUUUCCCAAGACCUGACUGCAAAUACAGCAGGAGUAGGGAGGGAGAUUGAGCAGCCAGCUGCCCCCUGGGCAGAGGAUGGUCCUAUUGGGCAAUCUGAGCUGCUGGAAGAGGAUGACACUUAUCUUGGAAACCUGGGAUCCAAGGAGCUGCUAGGUGAGGCUGCACUGCAGGAACACUCAGCCAGGGUCACCAUUAACACCUCUGCGGACCCGAAAGAGCCAGCAGCAGAAAGCCAGGGGAAGGGCUGGGCCCGGGCCAGGCAUCCUCGGCGCGUAGUGAAGAGGCAGGCAGAAGAUGUGCCUGGAGAUCCCAGUACCUCUGUCUGGCCUUUCCCACACUGGCCUAAGGACCCCCGUCUUCCACAGAGGGUUCCAAGCAGUCCAUUGGAGGACAGCAUCCAAGAUGGUGGCGGGGGCCCAGCCUGGAAACCCAAGACCUUUAACCCCCAAAGAGGACUGCCUGUUCUGUACUUCUCUGGGAGGCGGGAGCGGCUGCGGCUGCGUCCAGAACUGCUGGCUGACAUUCCCAGGGAGGCGUUCACAGUGGAAGCCUGGGUGAGACCAGAGGGAGGACAGAACAACCCAGCCAUCAUUGCAGGUGUGUUUGAUAACUGCUCCCACACAGUCAAUGACAAGGGCUGGGCCCUGGGCAUCCGCUCGGGGAAGGACAAGGGAAGGCAAGAUGCCCGCUUCUUUUUCUCCCUCCGCACCGACCGCAUGAAGAAAGCCACCACUGUGACUGGCCACAGUCGCUACCAACCAGGCAUGUGGACCCAUGUGGCAGCCACUUAUGAUGGACAGCGCAUGGCCCUGUAUGUGGAUGGCACCCAGGUGGCUAGUAGUCUGGGCCAGUCUGGCCCCCUGCACAGCCCUUUCAUGGCAUCUUGCCGCGCCUUGCUCUUGGGUGGGGAUAGCUCUGAGAAUGGGCACUGUUUUCGUGGACACCUGGGAACACUGGUCUUCUGGUCCACUGCCCUCUCACAAAGCCACCUCCAGCACAGUCCCAAGAAUGCAAGCAGGGCAGAGGGGUUGGCCACCUUGGUCCUGACGGCCAGUUUUGAUCCUUUGAAGGAACAGUGGACACUUUUCAGGGAUGAGCAAUAUCCCCGGCUUGAGGUUCUCCAGGGCUCUGGGCCAAAGCCUGAGAUUGUGUCACCGCUGCAGCCCCCACUUUGUGGGCAGACAGUUUGUGACAAUGUGGAGCUGAUCUCUCAUUACAAUGGGCACUGGCCCCUGCGGGAAGAGAAGGUGAUACAGUACCAGGUGGUGAACGUCUGUGACGACGAGGGCUUGCAUCCCACGGUGAGCGAGGCACAGGUCUGGCAGCAGCACGAGGCACUGAACCAGGCCUUCAGCCGCUACAACAUCAGCUGGCAGCUGAGUGUCCACCGGGUCCUCAACUCCACCCUGCGCCACCGGGCUGUUCUUGUAAACUGUGAGCCCAGCAAGAUUGGAAAUGACCACUGCGACCCCGAGUGUGAGCACCCACUCACGGGCUACGACGGGGGCGAUUGCCGCCUGCAGGGCCGCUGCUACGCCUGGAACCUCGGGGAUGGGAUCUGUCAUGCUGCGUGCAACAACAUGCUGAAUGACUUUGACGAGGGGGACUGCUGUGAUCCCGAGGUGACGGAUGUGCGCAAGACCUGCUUUGAUCCGGACUCGCCCAAGAGGGCAUACAUGAGUGUGAAGGAGCUAAAGGAGGUCUUGCAGCUCAAUGGCACCCAUUUCCUCAAUGUCUACUUUGCCACCUCAGUGCGAGAAAACCUUGCAGGUGCUGCCACCUGGCCUUGGGAGAAAGAAGCUGUCACUCACCUGGGGGGUGUUGUCCUCAACCCAGCCUUUUACGGCAUGCCAGGCCACACCAACAUCAUGAUCCAUGAGGUAGGGCAUGUCCUGGGACUCUACCAUGUCUUCAAAGGGGUCAGUGAGAGGGACUCCUGUGAUGACCCCUGCAGAGAGACUGUGCCAUCGAUGGAGACAGGAGAUCUCUGUGCCGACACUGCUCCCACGCCCAAGAGUAAGCUGUGUCAGAUCCCAGAACCUGCCAAUGACGCUUGCGGCCUCACCCACUUUCCAGGGGCUCCAUUCAACAACUACAUGAGCUACACAGAUGAUAACUGCACCAACAGCUUCACGCCCAACCAAGUGGCACGGAUGCACUGCUACCUGGACCUUGUAUAUCAACAAUGGAGUCAAAGCAGAAAGCCCACCCCCAUUCCCAUCCCACCCAUGGUCAUUGGGCAGACUCCGAAGUCCCUCACUAUCUACUGGCUGCCUCCUAUUAGUGGAGUUGUAUAUGACAGGGCCCCGGGCAGCAUGUGUGGCUCCUGCUCUGAAGAUGGGACAUUCCGUCAGUAUGUGCACUCCGCUUCCUCCAGGCGGGUAUGUGACUCCUCAGGCUACUGGACUCCAGAGGAGGCUGUGGGGCCUCCUGAUGUAAACCAGCCUUGUGAGCCAAGCUUGGAAGCCUGGAGUCCUGAGCUCCAUCUCUACCACAUGAAUAUGACCGUGCCCUGCCCAGCAGAAGGCUGUAGCCUGGAGCUGCUCUUCCAGUACCCGGUCCAAGCUGACACUCUCACCCUCUGGGUCACUUACCUCUCCAUGGAUUCCUCCCAGGCACUGUUUGACACAGAGAUCUUGCUGGAAAACCAGGAAUCUGUGCACCUGGGCCCCUUAGACACUUUCUGUGACACACCUCUCACCAUCAAACUGCAUGUGGAUGGCAAGGUCUCCGGGGUGAAGGUCUACACAUUUGAUGAGCGAAUGGAGAUUGAUGCCGCCCUUCUCACUUCUCAGCCUCACAGUCCUUUGUGUUCCGGCUGCAAGCCUGUGAGGUACCAGGUUCUCCGGGAGCCUCCCUUUGCCAGUGGCUCACCCAUGGUGGUGCCACAACCUCAGAGGAAGUUCACAGACAUGGAAGUCACACCUGGACAAAUGUAUCAAUACCAAGUUCAAGCUAAAGUUGGACUAGAACUAGGAGAACCUUCACCUCCUCUGCACCACAUCCAUGGAGCUCCUUACUGCGGAGAUGGGAAGGUGGAAAAGAGCCUGGGAGAAGAGUGUGAUGAUGGUGACCUGCUGGACACAGAUGGAUGUUCGAGAGCGUGUAAACUAGAAGAUGGCUUCAACUGUGUGGGGGAGCCAAGCCUUUGCUACAGGUAUCAGGGAGAUGGGAUUUGUGAACCUUUCGAGGAAGAAACCAGCAUUGCAGACUGUGGCCUCUAUACUCCUGAAGGAUACUCAGAUCAGUGGGCUACCCAGGCCUACUCCUCCCACGAGGACAAGAAGAAGUGUCCUGUUUCCUUGGUAACUGGAGAACCUCAUUCCAUGAUUUGCACAUCAUACCAUCCAGAUCUACCCAAGCUCCACCCCUUUGCUGGCUGGUUUCCCUGCGUCACCAGUGGAAAAAGGCCUCAGGAUGAAGUGAGUGAGCAGGCAGAGGGUAGCCUGGACAAGGAGGAUGAAGUUUGGCUCCAAGUGUGUUUUAAUAGACCUGGUGUUGCCACAGCAGUUUUCAUUUUCUUGACAUCCGAUGGACUGGCCCCUGGAAAGCAUCAGCGGCCAACAGUGACUCUCUACCUGAUCGAUGUCAGUGGAAGCAACCACUCUCUUGGGACUUAUGAACUCUCAUGCCAGCAUAACCCACUGGUUAUCAAUGUGACCUCUGCCUCUGUUCUCACCCACCAUACCACCUCCGUGCUGCUGAAUUUCUCAUCUCAUUUGGUGGGCAUCUCAGCGGUGGCUCUAAGGACAUCCUCCCAUGUCAGUCCUUCAGCUCCCAGUAACUGCAUUUCAGAGGCUGAGGGACAGAAGCAUCGGGAACAGAGCUGUGUCCACCAGCACUGUGGAAAGCCAGCCAGCUGUGUACCACUGCUACUUGACAACACGGACAUGGUGAACUGUACCUCUGACAGCCCAGGUCACAUGAAGUGUGCUAUCACUUGUAACAGGGGCUUUGCCCUGCAGACCAGGAGUGGGCAGUACCUCAGUCCCAUUCAGGAGCAUCUGCUCACCUGCGCUGCUGGACUCUGGGACCAGGAUGUGAGCUGUGUGCCUCUCGACUGUGGCAUCCCUGACCCGUCUUUGGUGAACUAUGCAAAUUUCUCCUGCUCAGAUGGCACCGGCUUUCUGAAACGCUGCUCCAUCUCUUGUGUGCCACCAGCCAAGCUUCAAGGACUGAGCCCGUGGCUGACCUGCCUUGAAGACGGGAUGUGGUCGCUUCCUGAAGUGUACUGCAAGGUGGAAUGUGACGCUCCCCCCAUCAUUCCAAACGCCAAGCUACUCCUGCCUCACUGUGUCCAGGGCAGCCAUGAUGUUGGCACCACCUGCAAAUACGAGUGCAGGCCAGGCUACUAUGUGGUGGAGCGUACAGGGAGACAAGUCCGGAAUAAGUUCCUGAAGAUACAGUGCCUAGAAGAUGGAACAUGGGAGCAAGGCAACUGUAUGCCAGUACAGUGUGAACCUCCUCCUCCUGUGUUUGAAGGAAUGUAUGAGUGUACCAAUGGCUUCAAUCUGGACAGCCGGUGUGUGCUUAACUGUAACCAGGAAAGUGAAAAGCUUCCCAUUGUCUGCACUAAAGAAGGACAGUGGACUCCAGAAUUCCGAUUGUGUGAGAACCUUCAAGGAGAAUGCUCCCCGCCACCCUCAGAACUGAAUCUCCUGGAGUACAAGUGUGAACAGGGAUAUGGGAUUGGUGCCAUGUGUUCUCCAUCAUGCAUAAUCCCCCCGAAUGAUCCCGUCCUGUUGCCAGAGAACGUCACUGCUGACAAACUGGAGUACUGGAUGGAACCUGUCAAAGUCCAGGGCAUCGUGUGCACUGGCCGACGGCAGUGGCAUCCAGACCCCCUCCUGAUCCAGUGCAUCCAGGCCUGUGAGCCUUUCCAGGCAGAUGGUUGGUGUGACACCAUUAACAACCGCGCCUACUGCAACUAUGAUGGAGGAGACUGCUGCUCUUCCACACUCUCCUCCAAAAAGGUGACUCCGUUUGCUGCUGACUGUGACCAGGACGAAUGCACCUGCCUAGACCCCAAGGCAGAAGAAAAUCAGUAACUGUGGGGCCGGGCUCCUCCCUCACCUGCCCUGGAGGCAGUCAGAGAGAGAAGUUUCCGUGGAAGGAGGCAAAGGGUGAAGAAGGAAGAAAGGGUGUGAAAUGAAGGAAGCAGAGGUGUGAAGGAUCUUUCAGAAAUGCAAGAGUAUAUUUUUAUAGGUGCCAACCAACGCAUCCAGUAGCUCAUGUGGGGAAGAACAAUAGGCAAAGUUUCUUUAAUGUGGCAAUUGAUUAACACAGGAAGGAGAGAUGUGAUAGAAAAUCAAGGACCCUCUUUCCCCACCUAUAUACUACUUGGCCCCACCCUAGCUCUUGCGCUACCCCCUACUCUGUACUUUGUCAGCUACUCAGCCUCGCCCAUUGUGCAAACCAUUAUCAACAUACUAGAAGAGAAGUUGCCAGGGACACUCUGUUAAUAACCAUUUCAAAUGGAUUGUCUUCUUUCUGGGCUUGUUGACUAAAUCUGGCCCUUCCCCUUUCUUUUAUGUAGU